CCAACUGCAGCAGUGAACCGAGAAAGGUGAAAGCACGAAAUCGAAAACAAAAAAAAAGUACUCGUUGCGCAAAGUCGCGAAAGUCCUCUGAGAAGUUCCCCACGCCGGAAGUGAAGUGAAUACAUAAAAGGCUGAAUCGAAACGGGCUGAUUUGACUCAACUCAGCUCUGGCUUCAAAUGCACUCCGUUCGGUGACAGUCUCGGUCAGAAAGAGUUUGCGACGUGAGAGAAAUGGAGAAUGGAAGGUCCCGCCUUCAGCAGGCCCAGGAAGAGGUGGAGGAGGUGAAGGUCAUUAUGCUGGACAACCUUAACAAGGCCGAUGAGAGGUCUGGCAAACUGGGUGAACUGGAGAACAGGGCUGAUGAGUUGCUGGCAAAGAGUAAAGCCUUUGAGAAGACCACUCAGAAGGUGAAGCAGAAGAAGAGAUGGGAAAGUAAGAAGAUGAAACUGGUGCUGGCAGGUGUCGGAGUGGUGGUGGUAGUCAUUGUUAUUGGAAUCAUAAUUUAUGCCAUUGUCUAAGCAACAAAUGGACAGUAACGCCAUUGGUAACACAGAUGAAAAUUAAAUCUAAGGGGAUUAAGAUACUUGGACUUAAUUGAAUAGAGGUAAUUGAGGUGGGAAUAGGUGAAAGCUUCGGGGAAUAAAGAAGCACAGCAGUGGCCCUUGAUCGAACUGGCCUGAUGUGAAAAGAUUUCAUACAUUGUGUCUAAACUACUGACAUUACUCUGUUUCAAGACAUUUAGGUGCAAUAUCAGGCUCACUCCUCACGUAUGUACGUGUCUUCUUUUGAUAUGGUACCAUCAUUAGCUCAGCUGCUUCCUCUGUUAUUGUCAAAGGUUAUGGAAAUAUUACUGCAGGAUGUAAUAUUUUCUUUCUUAACUUUGGUGUUGAUCACUCAAGGAAAUGUUCUCUUUUUUUUCUUUUUUGACGUGUGUUGUUGAAAAAUAACUUAAAUACUCCCAAGGAAAACAUUUCAGUUUCAAAUAACAUUUCCUGGAGUGUCAUCACACCCAUGCAAUUAACCUCCUCACAGAAAUCAUGUUUGACAGGGCAGAAGUGAUCCGCUGGUUUCCCCAUUGCUAUUGAAACCGACUAUCAUGAAAGUUUUUGUCUUGAUGCAUGCUCAAUAAUCCAGGUGAGGAAAUUCCAGAAAGUUGAAUCGGUUCAUCUGGACACAACGUUAAGUGGGAGAAACGUUUCAUCACUCAUCAAAGUGACUUCUUAAGUCUCAGCUGACUGCAGGUACCUGUUAGGGGUCGCCGCAGCGGAUCAUCCGUUUCCAUCUCUUCCCACCCACUGCAUCUUCCUCCGUCACACCAGCCACCUGCAUGUCCUCCCUCACCACAUCCAUAAACCUCCUCUUUGGCCUUCCUCUUUUCCUCUUCCCUGGCAGCUCCAUAUUCCGCAUCCUCCCAUCCUGCAGUCAGUUGAGACUGAAGAGGUCACUUGGAUGAGUGAUGAAACAUUUCUCCCACUAAACGUUGUGUCCAGAUGAACUGAUUCUACUCUCUGGGAUAUCAUGAAAGUAUCUUUUAUUAAUUAGUUCUAAAUUCAUAUAAAAUCCAUGCCGAUUGCUGGAUAUUCUGCUCCACUGAGAGAGCAUCGUGUACAGUGUACAAAAUGUGCUGCUGAGAAAGGUCAAGACAUGUUAAAAAGGGUUUUGUUUUUUUUGUAUUUUUGUCUUUCUAGUUGUCUCCCAUCAAAGGCUUUCUGUUGUUGUGUGAUGUUGUUUCUACACAGCUUCUUUUUUUGCCUUAUCAAACGAUGUAAAGUUUUUAAUGCACAAUAAAAUCAUGCUGA